AGGUUGAGGGUCAAUGCCCGACGCCAGUUCCUCCAGCCGCUUUCCCCGGAGAUUCAAUUACCGACCACCUUCCAUUAAACUCUCCCAUAUCACGCCAACGCCGCGGCUGCCAUCCCUUUUCCUUCUCCUUCUUCUGCAUCCUGGCUGUGAAGUGCCGUUUCCUGUCUCUCGACAUUUAUAAAGCUACCAGCUGGUCUGUGGUUAUCGCUGCCGUCAUACCCCUCUCUUCCACAUCCACAACACACCGGAACACAUCUUCCGGCUUUUAACGAUACCAAAGACACCAUCCGUGCGAUCGUUUUAAUAUAUAAAAUUCUCUGCCAAUAUGGUCGCUGACGCUUUGGCUUAUCAUCCUACCUUGGCGCACUACUUGCGCUUUGUUGCUACGACUGUGGGUCGUGACAAAAUCCUUCGUACGCUGCAAUACUUCUCACGCUUUUAUGCCUGGUACCUGUAUCGCACAAACCGCCCGCAGUCUUCUAUCGACCCCUACAAUGCAAUUAAGAAGCAGUUCGGUACGACAAGAAAGAUUCUGAGGAUCGGAAAGUUUGCCGAGCACCUCAAGGCAGCAGCUGUCGCUGCAGACAACAAGAGCCCCAUCGACCCUGUUCUCCGCUAUCUAGCUGUCGGUCGCCAGCUCGGUUACGCCGGAUAUCUGACUUUGGAUACUAUCACCGUUGUUGACGUUAUCGGCUUCCGGAAACUUGCUGCGGCUAAGCGCCUGCAGGAUACCGCCUAUCGGUCAUGGUUGGCUGGAUUAAUUUGCAGCGCUAUUGCUAGUGCCUACUCCCUUUGGAGACUGCGGGAGAAGGAGAGGACCCUUGACCGCACCGAAGGCGAAGGCGUCGUGGAGGCAAAGAAGCUUGAGAAGGAACGUUCCGCUGCCCGCACCCAGCUCUUCUCGGACCUAUGCGACUUGACCAUUCCUGUUUCCGGUCUGGGCCUCGCCAACCUCGACGACGGAAUUGUUGGUAUCGGAGGUACAGUCAGCAGUUUGCUAGGCGUGGUAUCUCAGUGGCGGAAGACCGCAUGAGCGGAUAAAGUCAGGGGAUUUCUGAUUGAAUUCCAUGAGGCUGACAGCAUAUGGCAUUGAUCUAUCCGUUGAUGUCUACGUUGAGGGGGCGUUGUGUAUUUCUUACACUUCAUCGAACCCCAGCCUCAGAAUAAGAGUUAUGGUGUAUAGGUCUAAGUGGAUCAAGAUUUAGGCGAACGCUUGUGUGGAAGGAUUCGACAAGGGAGACGCGAUCUAGUAGUCUUCGGUUUUCAUGAACAUAUUAUGUACCUUAAGAGUUUAUUAUAUCUGUUUAACAUGGUUUUUUUUUUCAGUAGUUCUUCCUACUGUGAGUAGCAUAUUUCAAUCUUUAGGAAAUAUGUGUUUAUAUUUAUGAAUUCAUAUAAAAUUUUGAAUUAA